CGGAGGCUGCCGGUGCCGUUGUCCGCCUCUCCGUUGGGCCUCGUGUUGGCUGGGCCGCCUGGCCAGGCCCGGGAGCCCGUUGUGCACCGCCCUGUUGGCAUCAGAUCGGACGAACUUCCAGAUGCUGUCAGCAUACAGCAGUGAGGCUUUCUGCUUCGGGGCUGUGCUGUGCCUUAUUGGUUUCUGCAGUGCGUGGGGCAGCCUCUGCCACUUCUCGCAGCUGACAGAUUAAACGGAAGGGCGUCUUGACCUGGAGCGGAGCGGGGCUUCCGGGACCCAGCCGUGUUCACAGUACAAAGAAGUUUAAGCUGAAAGCGGUUCCUGUGCAAGGGCCUGAUGAGUGUCAGGGGAAGCUCGUUAUGGUUUUUCUCCUAAAUGAAUGACAACUGGAGUUGGCCCUGCAGCACUCAGGCAAUAGCAGAGCUCGAGGCCUACAUUUUCUCCUUUGUUUUUUUUUCCUAGGGCUCAAGCUGUGCUUUGAGAACAAAUUUGUUAAGUCCUUCUGCAGAUAACUGGGGUGUUUUAAUUUCUGUGGCUUAAGUUCCCAUUCUCCUCCUGCCUGCAGCUCACUAGUUCUUGACACAAAAUUGCAUCUCUUGUUUAGAUAAGAAUAAAGGCUUCCAAGCAGCUGUUUUAUCUGGUGCUGAUGUGACCAGGUUUUUGUUAGCGGUUUGUGCUCCCUCUGCUGUUUUAUUUAAAGCAUCAGGAAAGAAAAAAGAAAGCAUGGUUGCAAAACUGACUGUGAGAGUGCUAGUGACAGCAUUGUUACCAGACAUAAUAACUAAAUCUUGCUGUUCUCUCCUACCUGCUCCUUGUUCUGGGUUGUGCAGUGAAGUACUCUGGGUAUCUGGAGCAUAUGGAUAAGCCCUUCUGCACAAACUGCACCAAGAAGCUCCCGAGGCUGAUGAAGCUUGGAGAAGACAUUACGCUGGGGGGUCUGGAAAUUGGUGUGCUCACGAUGAAGAAGGGAGAGGUGGCAAGGUUUAUCUUCGCACCAAAUUAUGCCUACGGCCAGCAGGGUUGCCUUCCUCUGAUCCCCCCAAAUGCCACGGUCUUAUUUGAAGUGGAGUUGAUAGACUUCCUAGACUCUGCUGACUCCGACACGUUCUUUGCGUUGACAGCUGAGCAGCAGGAUACGUUUCCUCUACAAAAGGUGUUGAAAGUGGCAGACGUGGAGAGAGAGUUUGGCAAUUAUCUCUUCCGUAAGCAGUGCUUUGAGGGUGCCAAAGACAGAUACAAGAGGUUCUUUUCCCUGUCUGCUCAGGCGUACUCCAUCCUUGGUCGCAGCCCCUCCAGCGAGGCAGAGCUGUGUCAGAUUGAUGCUUCCAAGUUGCUGGUGCUCCUGAAUCUCUCAAUUACCUGCCUGAAGCUGGAAUGUCCUGCCCGAGCUCUGAUGUAUGGGGAAAAAGCCUUGGAGAUUGACAAAAGAAAUGUCAAGGCACUGUUCAGGUGUGGCCAGGCUUGUCUCUGCAUGGCAGAAUACGAAAAAGCUCGGGACUUCCUGAUCAGAGCUCAGCAUAUAGAGCCGUUUAACCACGAUAUUAACAACGAACUGAAAAAGCUGGCAAGCUGCUACAGAGACUACUUGGACAAGGAGAAAAAAAUGUGCUGCCGAAUGCUUGCUGCUCUCAACUCUUCUUCGUGACCAGGAUUAAAGGACUUCUCCAGCUGACGAAAGGAACGGUCCUUGGAUGAAAAGGAGACCUGUCCCUGGGCACGUGGAGGGUUUGAUGUUGGAUCUGUGUGUUUUGGGAGAAGCACGACGUGGAGGUCCUCGUGGUGUGUGCACAGCGUGGUUUUCCUGAUUUUGGUUUAUUUAGCAAUUCUAGGGCUGUUUGUAGAAGAACCGAGCCCUUUAUUCUUCCAUGAACAUUCCUUGAACGUUCCUGACAUCCUGGGCUGCUUUAAGGGAAUCUGAAAGUACAAGUAGGAUGCCAUGAGGUUUUGUAUUGCUUAUACAGAUUGUUCUUUAAAAGGUUAUGUUUAAUAUUGUUUUUGUUCUGAGAAAAUAAACCGAUCUGAGAACUA